AAUCCAUUCAUUACACCCUCGUCACUUUAAACCCAACACGUGGUAGCCAACAUCUAGUCGUAGCUGAUUAACUAAGAGAACUUGGUGCAGAAGCAAUGGUGGGGGUGGGAGAAAGGUUUGGUGCAACGGUCGCCGAAGAACCCCUCAUCACGACACACCAUAGUAGAGUUGUGGUCUUUGCGGCAACCUCCUUUGAAAUAAGGCAUCUACAUCAAACUCUGGCAGAGCUUUGACUCUCUUAUGGGUACUAACAGAUCGAACUACGGAAAACCAUCAUUCCUUCGAAAGAAAAGCCAUAACUCCAAUGAAUAUCAUCUUCUACAUGGUAAUGGAUCACACCUCUCUCUCUCUCUCUCUCUCUCUCUCUCUCUCAAUACACUCUCCAUGGUUCUCAGUACAGGUAUAUAUGAAGGAAGAAACAAACAAAAUUUAUUUCCUUAUUUUUCUUUAAAUUUUUUAUAUUUACCAUAUAACACCUAUCAAUUUUUAACAAAUCAAUGAGCACCCACAGAGUGAAUGAAUCAAAACAUGGUUUGUUUGAAUUUGUUCUCCCAUGUGAAGAAUAAAAAAUCUGGAUCUUAAAGAGGACACCGUGGGUGCUCAAAGACAAGAUUCUUCAUCCAACAACCUGGUCACAACACGUCCCUAGGCGGACUUUUGACAUCUGGCUAUUGCCCCUUGCAGGGUGCAACUUUGGGAUAUUAGAGAAGACUGUUUUACUCAUUAAUUCAGGCGAAAAGUGGUGAAUGCUACGAUCGGUCAAGUCCUGGAAGAUGGGGUCUUUACAUGUCUUGAGAUGAGACGAAUCGAUGUUUCGUCAAGGUUAAGGUGCUAAUUGACUUCACCAAGCCACUAAGAUCGCAACUGAUGGCGGUUAGUGAUGAUACAGGCUGUUUUGGGUCAAUAUGAAGUAUGAGCAUCUCCCAAGCUUUUGCUUUAACUAUGGAAGAGUGGGACACUCGCUUCGGGCUUGUACCUACGAUCCUCCAGCCCGGAAAGAGAAAUAUAGCCCGCGAAUGUGUACAAAAAAAUUGGGGAUAAAGUUAUAUGAUGAAACUGCAGACAUGCCCUCGUUCUGUGGCCCUCCUCGCUUAGUUUGGGUUAAAACUUAUCCUGGGUCUCAAAGAAGCAUUGUGGACAAGGCAGCUCACCGCUCGGAUCAAAGGGAAGAGUGGACCGGCCAACCGAGGAAGCGGGACCUACGGGUCCCCCUUGGAUAGUCUCCCAUCCACUCGCCAGCAAGGAUGAUUAGCAAUCGGCGGGAAAGGGGCCCUCGAGGAUUCCUAGUCUCCCGUGCACCGAAAUUUUGCUAUCUUCCAGGCCAUAAGAAGUCGGGAGUGAAAACUGAGACUGGCUUUUCUGUGAUGCAUGCUCAAUCGGAGAUAUCACGAGUGGAAACAGCAACGACAAACAAGAGAAGGGCUUUCCCUGAACCCGACGAAGCGCUUCGCGCUAACUACAACCCUCGGAGCUCCAGGAAGUUGUUAAAAAAAGAUGUUAUUACCAUGCACAAAACCAAGGAUCUCUAUGUGUCGGAACCGAAUGGGGUUGAAAGGCAGCGGCGCAAUCUAGUGAUUGAUGAUGAGGACGAGGAUGUGCACUGCCCGUUCCGCGUCCCCAUGCAGGCCAUGCCGAAAUUUGUUAGCAAACAGAAUCUCCUUCAAAGAUCCUCUAUAGAGAAGGGUAAGGGCAAAUUUGUGGCUCUGAACCCAACACAGAACAAUUGGCAGGGACAGGCUCGGACUCCUGCACCGAAGGCCAAACCAUCUGCUCGCAAGCCGCGAAAAAAGUCGGGUAUCCUCUGCCUCCGUUAGCUUCGACCCUUAGGCCCCACCCCAGCAGGCCAUAUAAAUAAGGUCGAGGCAGAUGCAACUGUUGGCAGAGAAAUCUGAGGAGGAAUGGGAGCCAAUGUUCAAAGAGGUCUUUGAUCUUCUAGUUUCCCAUCCUCCUCAGAUCCAUCCGCCUCUCGAACAAGCUGUUGAAGGUAUUAUGCUCUAAGACCAAGGGAAAGCGAAUCCUAAAUCUCCAUCAUCAGAAUGGUGAAGCCAGUCCGAUCUCCAGGCAGAAGGAGAACCAGUAUGAACUUCAUAGUCGCACCCCCGCUAAAGUCCCAUAGGCGUCUCGCCCUUUGUCGAAAGACUGGGUCCGGCAUAUGGUGGAAGAUUUUGAAGCUGGCAAGGUGGAGCAAGGUGCUGCAAGGAGUGAGGGGAGGAAUCAGCAAGAUGGCGAUUCUUUGCGUCCUGACUCGCUAAGGGGAGUUGAGGAAGUUUUGUUCGUUCAACUAAACGAAUAUGGCACUAAUCUGACUGGAAUAGGGGUGCAAGGAAGGAAAUGAAAAAUCUAAGAAAUCGAAGGUGAUAUCCUGGAGAACCCUUCUCCUAAGAAACAAUUUGUUGAAGAAUCAGCUAAAAAUGAUGGAACGGUGGAGGAAGCCAGCCUCAAAUAAUCUUAAUUGAAUAAAUGAGGCUUCUAACAUGGAAUGUGAGAGGAAUUGGACCAUCACUCACAUUCUAAACUGUUGUAGGGUUAGUUCAUUCGAAUAAACCAGAGCUUGUAUUCCUUUCAGAAACAAGAUCGAACCGAAGAGUAGUCUCACGUCGUAUGCGGGGUUUGGGUUUUGAUAUUUCUCUUUUUUUUUUUUUGUAGAUGCAAUUAAUGCAUCGGGUGGGUUAGUUGUAGCUUGGUCCCCCAUAGUUGAUGCUUUGCGGUUUUUUCAUUCCAAUUUCGCCAUUUGUGUUCGCAUUAAUGAAGGUGAUUUUUCUUAUGUGGUGGCUUGUGUUUAUAUUAGUUGUUCUAAUUCAAUAAGAGCCACCUAGUUGGCUCAUCUUCGUAACAUUUGUGAAAAAAUCCAGUUACCCCAUGUGGUAAUCGGUGAUUACAAUGUAACGUUGCAUGCUCAUGAAAAGGAUGGAGGUAAUCCGUGGAAUGUGGCCCAAUCAAUUGACCUUCGAAAUUUUAUUCAUGACCUGGGUCUCCAAGACCUGGGUAUCAAGGUGCUUCUUUUACGUGAAAAAAUAAACGUAUGGGAGUUGCUUGCAUCCGCGAAAGGCUAGACAGGGCUCUCUAUUCCCAAGGUUGAAUUGACUGACUUCUAGACACUCUGGUCAAACACUUCACUACCUAGGGAUCAGACCAUAGAGCCUUGCUCCUUUCGGAUAAACCUUAUCUAACGAAUAGCCGGCCCAUGUUCAGAUUUGAUUAUCGAUGGGCUGAUAAUCCCGAAGUCAAAGCUAUGGUGAGGUACGUUUGGCAAAUGGAAAUCCAGGGAACACCAAUGUUCUAACUUUGGGAGAAGCAUAAACAACUUCGCCAUCUACUAUAUGAUUGGAGUAGGGUGGGUACAACAAAUUCUCUAUGGAAUAUCAACACCCUCCAGGCAGAAAUUGAUCGCAUUAAGGAAAUUCAUCCUAUUGACUGGGAUGAGCUACGGACUUUGGAAAUGGAGCUGAGUAGGCAGUGGGAGGUCAAGGAAAUCUAUUGGCAACAAAAGUCAAGGGUCCAUUGGCUUAAGAAGGGUGACAAAAAUACCUUGUAUAUCCUUACAACUACAAAUAUGCCCGGCUUUCGGAAUAAUACUAGAGAAUGGGUCUCUGAAGAGAAAGGUAAAUCAGACAUUGCCAUUGAUUUUUACCAAAAUCUCUUUACCUCGGAAAACCGGGUGAUGAACAUUGAUGAACGGGUGGCUACUCUGCCGAAAUGAAUGCUAGCCUCAGGA